GAGGUCUGCAAGCUGUAAAUUCCUGGAUUCAGAAAUAAUAAGCAUUUAUGUUACUUAGAGGCUUACAAAGUGUUUUAGAAAAAUCAUUUGGUAUUCACAAUAAUCUAGGGAGAUAGAUGCUAUGAUGAUCCUUUCUUCACAAAUGAGGAAACAGAGGCAGAUGGAAGUUAAGGGACUUGCCCAGAGUCACACCAUUAGUAGGUUCCUGAAGUAGGAUUUGGAUUGAGAACUCCCUGACUCCAAGCCCCAUUAAUUGACCCAGUCCGGGAUGGAGUAGAAAAGAGUUUAGGGAAAUUUUAUAGGAAGACACGUCAGUGUCUUAACUCAGCUCUACUGGCUCACUUGUGCUGGUCUUUCAUACUGACUCCCUAUUUCUUAAAUUAAGCUCCAUAGUUCCUUGUUUUUGCUCCUCUUCCUCUAGGAAUGAAUGUGCAGGUACAUGAACCCACAAACCUCUUCCUGUUCAUUGUCUCUUGUGAAGUCCAGAAUGUUCUACUCUAUUCUUUUUUUUUUUUUUUUAUAUCAACCUUGCUGAAGUCAAGUUCCAGUAUUGUCCAUGACCCUCUGUAUACCCACGUCUCAUUCUGAACCCUUCAAUCGCUUUUUAACUUCAUGGACCAUGAAGGAACACAGUAAAAUCGAAUAAGAGGGACUGUUCCUGUGCUUAGAAUUCUCCCUCCUUCCACAAGCCAUCCCCCUCUGCCUGCAAAGCAUUGCUUUUCCACGUCUCCCUGGCAGAAUUUUUCUUUACCUUCAAGGCUCAGACUGUCACAUCCCCAGUGAAGCUUUUCCUAUUCUCUCCAUUAGACAUGGUCCCUCUGUCUCUGUGCGUCUCCUCUAACUGUCUCUUUCUGGCUCUGUCCCUCUCUGGCUCUGCUUCUUCAGACUUAUUUAAUUAGGUUAUUCGUUCACUCUGAACGCCCUGUUGGGAGCAAAAGGAAGGGCUGCUAACCACCUGACUGCUGGUCUCCCCUUAUUACUUUACACGACUAGUCCUUUAAGGGAUGGAGGAAGGGUCGGAAUUCUGAUGGGCAGGCAGAGAGAGGAGGAGGGAAGCGCGCACAUUCAGGAACCCGGGCAGUACCUUCUUAGCCGGCCAAGUAAAAUAAUCUGGGUGAUCAGGUAUCCGAGGCUGCCAAUUAGCGGAUGAGGCUGCAGAUCCUUUGGAUCCCUGCUCCGAAGAAGGUGGAUAAAUAGCUGCUGAAAAGAGUGCUUACGACUUCAGAGCAAAAUGAGGAUCUUGCUGUUGCUUUCAGUCCUUGGGAUAUGCCGGGCACAGUACAAUCCUAAUACCCAACCUGGUCGAACAUCUAUAGUGCACUUAUUUGAAUGGCGCUGGGAUGACAUUGCUCUCGAAUGUGAGCGUUACUUAGCUCCCAAUGGCUUUGGGGGUGUUCAGAUCUCGCCUCCAAAUGAGAAUGUAGUGAUCCAUAACCCUUCAAGACCUUGGUGGGAAAGAUACCAGCCAAUUAGCUACAAGAUAUGCACACGGUCUGGAAAUGAAGAAGAAUUCAGAAACAUGGUGAAAAGAUGCAAUGAUGUUGGAGUACACAUUUACGUGGAUGCUGUAGUGAACCACAUGUGUGGGAAUGGCGUGAGUGCUGGAACAGACAGCACCUGUGGAAGUUACUUCAAUCCUGGAAACAGAGAAUUUCCUGCUGUUCCAUUCUCAGGCUGGGAUUUUAAUGAUGGUAAAUGUAAGACCGGCAGUGGGGAAAUUGAAAACUAUGGUGAUAUGUAUCAGGUUAGAGACUGCCGUUUGGUUGGUCUUCUUGAUCUCGCCCUGGAGAAGGAUUAUGUGCGUUCCAAGGUUGCUGAGUAUAUGAACCACCUGAUUGACAUUGGUGUGGCAGGGUUCAGAAUUGAUGCUUCCAAACAUAUGUGGCCUGGAGACAUGAAGGCAUUUCUGGAUCAACUACAUGAUUUAAACAGAACCUGGUUCCCUGAAGGGGCCAAAGCAUUCAUUUAUCAGGAGGUAAUUGAUCUGGGUGGUGAAGCAAUUAAGAGCAGUGACUAUUUUGGAAAUGGUCGGGUUACAGAAUUCAAAUAUGGCGCAAAACUGGGCACAGUUCUACGCAGAUGGGAUGGAGAGAAGAUGGCUUAUUUAAAGAAUUGGGGAGAAGGUUGGGGCUUCAUGCCUUCUGACAGAGCACUCGUCUUUGUGGAUAAUCAUGACAACCAGAGGGGCCAUGGAGCUGGAGGAGCAGCCAUUCUCACUUUCUGGGAUUCCAGACUGUACAAAAUGGGAGUUGGAUUUAUGCUUGCUCAUCCUUAUGGAUUUACACGAGUGAUGUCAAGCUUCAGGUGGCCAAGAUACUUUCAGAAUGGAAAGGAUAUUAAUGAUUGGGUUGGACCACCCAAUGAUAAUGGAAUAAUUAAACGAGUCACUAUCAAUCCAGAUACCACCUGUGGCAACGAUUGGGUUUGUGAACAUCGAUGGCGUCAAAUAAGGAAUAUGGUUAUUUUCCGUAAUGUGGUUGAUGGCCAACCUUUUACAAAUUGGUGGGAUAAUGGAAGUAACCAGGUGGCUUUUGGCAGGGGUAACAGAGGAUUCAUCGUCUUUAACAAUGAUGACUAUGAAUUGUCAUUCACUCUGCAGACUGGUCUUCCUGCUGGAACCUAUUGUGAUGUCAUUUCUGGAGAUAAAAUUGAUAACAAUUGUACAGGAAUUAAAAUAACAGUUUCUGACAAUGGUAAUGCUCACUUCAAAAUUAGUAACACAGCUGAAGAUCCAUUCAUUGCCAUCCAUGUGGAUGCUAAAUUAUAAAGCAAACUAUGUGCAUAGCAUUCCCAGACAUAAUAAGCAAAAGCAAAUGGCCUAAUGGUCCAUUCCCUCUUCUUCAAUAUGCAUUUGUACCCCAAAUCAAAAAAUUAUUGGCUAUAUGAUGUAAAAAGAUUUUGUCAAAAGAAAUCCAACAUCUUGACAUUUAAAGCCUAUUUUUGUGUAAUAAUUACUAUGUAAUGAUUAUAGCCUCUAUUAAAAGUUACAUGGA